UGCAUAGAGUGACAUAAUGAAUCUCUGUGUCAAUUCAAGAGGAGGGACAUUCUAUCUUUCUUCAAUGAAGGAAUCUCAGACCGGUACAUCUGUCUUUGAGUACGUGGAUAAAUGCAUAGAAGAUGUUGGUCCUGAGAAGGUUGUUCAGGUAAUAACCGAUGGUGCGGAUAACAACUUAGCAGCAGCAGCAAAGAUGUUGAAAGAGAAGAGACCUGGUAUAUUCUGGUCAUCAUGCGCUGCUCACACAGUGAAUCUGAUGCUUGAAGACAUUUUCAAGUUGCCAAAGAUCUCAAAGUACAUUGAUAAAGCCAAAGCUUUGACGCUGUUCGUAUAUGCUCAUGAGAAAACAUUUGCUGUGAUGAGACAUGAUACAAAGGAAAAGGAUGUGGUGAGAGCAGGAGUCACGAGAUUUGCUACAACCUUCUUGCCUUUGCAAAGCUUGCUGGAGAAAAAACAACAACUAAUGUCAAUAUUUGUAAGCUACAAGUGGGACAGAUGCAAGGAUUCCAUUUAUAUGAAUGGUAGAUUUUGUUACUAUACCUGUCUGAGUCCUGCGUUUUGGAACGGAGUCUCCCGAGUUGUGAACGUGUUGGAGCCUUUGGUUAAAGUUCUCAAGAUGGUUGAAGGAGAGAAAAAACCAUCAAUGGGGUUUAUCUAUGGAGAAUUAUUAGAAGCCAAAAGAUGUAUCAAAGCUGCUACCAACAACUUGGAAAAGUACUAUCACCCUAUCUUCGAGAUCAUUGAUGAGAAAAUUAGAGGUAGAUUGGAUUCCCCACUGCAUUUGGCUGCCUACUUGUUGAAUCCUUUUUAUUUGUACAACAAACCAGACGUUGUUAAGCUGGAUGAGACUCUCAUGAACGGCUUUCUCACUUGUGUUGAGACUUUUUACCAUGGUGAGCUCGAGAAACAAGAAAAAGUCAUCAAUCACGAGUUUAGAGUUUAUCAGGAUAAACUUGGUUUUUUCGGAAAACCUUAUGCUUUGAGAGGAUGUGAACAGAACACUGAUGAGUUUGAUCUAGAGCAUUGGUGGUCGAUGUACGGAUGUACUGUGCGUAAUUUGGCAAUACUAGCAAGAAAGAUUCUCUCCUUGACAUCUUGCUCAUCUGGUUGUCAACGAAACUGGAGUACAUUCAAACAGAUUCACAAGAGUGAGAGGAAUAGACUAGACGCUGAUCGAAUGGACAGUCUAGUGUAUGUCCAAUUUAACUCAAACUUGCUCAACAAAAGAAAGAGGAUCAAAGAGGUGGGAGAAUAUGAUAUGCUCGUAGGUGAUGAUGGGGAAAAUGUAGAGGAGUGGUUCGUGGAGGUGGGACAAGGAGAAGAAGAUGAACAUAUUGAUGAAGAUGAUGAAGAUUCUGCCUUCCACAUUGAGUUUGAAUCUGAAGAUGAACUAAUGUGAUCUCAUGUGGGUUUGUUUUGAGGAGGAAACUAAGGUAAGUACUACAUCUUUUUUUUUUGUCAAAAGGUAAGUACUACAUCAUUUCGAUGUUUAACGACUUUGGAUUUAAGUGUUACUACUUUGUGAUAUAUAAAUCUUGUUGGCAGAGUAGCGCCACCUUUUGCGAAAAAUUAACUUAAAAACCAAAACUUUUUUUACAAUUACCGUU